AUGGACGCUCAGGAAGCACAAAAUGAUUAUGUAGUAACGCAGUUGGAUGACAGCGAGCGCGCGCAGCCUUUCGGAACAGCGCAGAGCGCAGCUGCAAACGAAGCAACGGGCUCGUUCCGACACAUUGAGGUGGCGGUGGCGGCGGCGGCGGCGGCACCCCGACACGCCCGCUCCGCAUCUCUACCCUCGACAAUAGUUGACCUUUCGACGGACUGGAGACCGCCAAGCAGGAACAGGAAUCCCUCAAACGCUGAAGCGAGACAACAGCUGGUAGGCCGCACAAGGUACCCGUCGCUUGGCACACUCUCGAGUGUCCAAACGGGUAACUUGUUGGCUUCUGGUGGUGAACCGUUCAGCGAGUCAUUUUCGUCGCGUACUGCGCCUGAGAAAGAGCAGGAGUUGUAUACUGGUCGCCGCCGUUCACAAUCGCUCUGGAGCGAGCGUUUCGUUCACGGCUCGGAGAGCCGCAUCCGCGCCACGGAGCGAGGCCGCGAGUCCUCCGUGUGGAACAACUUCCGCCUCUUAGGUUAUCGACUUGCGAGGUUUGUAUUCUUUCCUCCGGAACGCUCCCCAUGCAGCGUUUCUUAUACAUCAUCGACUAGCGGUGGAAGUGGUAGCGAUAGCGAGCCACGUCCGAGUAGAAAACGAGGCUCUCGUAAGCGACGUUCAGGGCAUUCGGGGCGUUCGUUUUCCUUCGAUGAUGACGGCAAGGCGUUGCACUCAAAAACAGAGUUGCAGUCUGGGACGCUAGUCUUGUCCAAAGCAGAUAGCAUGCUCUCGAUGAGCAGUUUUGUCGAGGGCAGCGCAUCCUCGACUCCUGAAGCUGUGUAUGAUGCGUCGAGCUCAUCGGAUGCGGAAGCGAACGAGCACUCGUCUGCGCGACAUUCAGAGCUGGAAAUGAGGUUUCUUCCGGCGGCGACGGAAGGCAACCCUGACUUGGAGUCAGUGCAAUCGAAUGCGCGCUUCUGUGUCUAUGAUGCCAAUGAGGAGCGAUUUUCGCCCUCUGGAGAGACGCGGCUGUACCGCGCUUGGAACAGCUGUACGACAGCGGUAGGACGAGCGGCAGAUCACUGCACAAGGCUUCUACAGACGGUAUUUAGAGGGGUGAGUACACAGCCACCGCUCAGAGAGGAGCUCGCCAUGCGUUCAUCUCUUUCCGCAAAAGCGGUUUUUCUGCUACGCACCGUUCUAUGGUACUUAUGGCCGGUGAUCGCCUGGCUCUCCGUGUUCAACUUCUUUGAUGUGAUACCGAGUGCAUGGAAACCAAAGUACAUCCACGUACGCUGGAUUCCGAUACUCGAAUCAUAUCUGCUGUACCCUCAUCGAUGGUUCUUUUUCGGCUACGAUCACGGUCGCGGAGCGAGUUUCUUAGACUUUCUUGCCGCUUUCCCCUAUACCGUCCACGCUGGGCUCCCGUUCGCAUUCAUCGCAUUGUUGAUCUUGCGGCGAACGCCAGCGCGACGCAUUCUGCAGUUUGGACGCCUUCUAGGGCUGGUGUCCUUACUUGGUGUCUUGACGCAUCUCUUCGUGCCAACUGCUCCGCCAUGGUACUAUGAAAAGUUCGGAUUUCGGCCACCAGACUAUACGAUGAAAGGGGAUCCUGCUUUACUCGAUCGGAUUGAUGAUGCGUUUGGGAUUCAUUUUUACAGGACCAUGUAUGCGACCGCUGGCAAAGUUGUGUUCGGAACCUUUCCCAGUCUCCAUGCAGCAUGGCCGUACCUGAUGGCGAGUUUCGAGCCCCAGCAAGGCCGGUUCCUCUGGGCCUAUACCCUCUGGGUUUGGUGGGCAGCACUCUACCUCCAGCACCACUACUUGUUGGACCUCAUCGGAGGCGCACUCUACGUGGAAGUGGUGUAUGCCAUAGCUGGUCGGUUAGCGGACACUGAGUCGGAAUCCGUCCCUGACAAGGCGCUCUACUCGGACGCACCUGCUGAAGGAGCGUACCAACCGCUGGAAAUGCCGCAGGCAUCGACGUAUGCAAGUCGACGCGGCUGGUUACCGAGCGAGGCACCUUGGCCGUUCACUGCGCGGCCACUGACCCCUAGUCGUGGGCCCGGGACAAGCCGGCCGCAGCGUCGCUACCGAAGCUCGUCACAAGCAUCAUCGAUAGACCUAGUAUAA